UGCGCAGACAUUGCGUCGUGGCAGCAUGGCCGAAGAGAAAGUAGAAGAGAAACUGCGGAAAAUGAAUGUGUCAGAUUCUAAAAAGGCAUGACAAUUUUCGUCUUCACAAUCCAUUCUAAAAAUGCUUUCAAAGUCAGUUCUCUUGCGUAUUUCAAGGAAACUGGGACCAAGGUUUCUGGCUAGCGCCAGCGGGGGCUCAAAGAAAAUGGAGAAAGAGGCUAAAGUGAAAUUGAAGGAUCUUGUACCAUCCCCAGAAUUUAUAGCCCACAGAGAGAAAUUGUGGCAGGAACUUAAAGCAGAUUAUGAAAAGUUUGUGGCAAACCAGUCACCUGAUCCAAUCAAAGUGACCCUCCCUGAUGGCAAAGAGGUGGAAGGACUGGCCUGGAGAACCACCCCUUAUGAAGUGGCAAAGGGAAUCAGUCAAGGUUUGGCUGACAAUACAGUGAUCGCGAAAGUGAAUGGAGAUUUAUGGGACUUGGAUAGGCCGUUUGAGAAAGACUCCACUCUGCAACUGCUGAAGUUUGAUGACAAGGAUGGUAGGAGCUCAAUAUUCUAUAAUAAAUUCAAACAGAGGAUUCUAAAUGAACGAGUGACUACCCCAACCACUACUGUUUACAAAUGUGGACCAUUGAUAGAUCUGUGUAGAGGGCCUCAUGUCAGACACACGGGGAAAAUCAAGUCUUUCAGUGUUACCAAGAGUUCCUCCACUUACUGGGAGGGAAAGGCUGAUGCAGAGUCUUUACAGAGAAUUUACGGAAUCUCAUUCCCCGACCCCAAACAGCUCAAAGAGUGGAAACACUUCCAGGAGGAGGCUGCCAAAAGAGAUCAUAGAAAAAUUGGCAAGGAACAAGAGCUUUUCUUUUUCCAUGAGAUGAGUCCAGGAAGUUGUUUCUUCUUACCUAAUGGAGCUUAUAUUUAUAACACAUUGAUGGAAUUUAUCAAGGGUGAAUACAGGAAGCGGGGAUUCCAGGAAGUGAUUUCUCCGAACAUCUACAACAGCAAGCUCUGGGAGAGGUCGGGCCACUGGCAGCACUACUCUGAUAAUUUAUUCAAGUUUGAUGUUGAAAAAGAAAAAUAUGGUCUGAAACCAAUGAAUUGUCCAGGACAUUGUUUGAUGUUUGACCAUCGUCAGAGAUCUUGGCGUGAGUUACCACUUCGAAUGGCUGACUUUGGGGUGUUACACAGAAACGAGUUGUCGGGAGCUCUCAGUGGUCUCACGCGUGUACGAAGGUUCCAACAGGACGACGCCCAUAUCUUCUGUCAACCAGAACAGAUUAAGGAGGAGAUAGCUGGAUGCUUAGAUUUUCUGAAGACUGUGUAUGAUGUGUUUGGUUUCACUUUCAAACUGCUCCUUUCUACUCGACCGGAGAAUUACUUGGGGGAAAUCGAGAUGUGGAAUGCAGCAGAAAAGCAACUGUCGGAGAGCUUGGAUGCCUCUGGUUACAAGUGGGAACUGAAUCCUGGUGAUGGUGCAUUUUAUGGACCCAAGGUUGACAUCAUCAUCAUGGAUGCCUUGAGGAGGCCCCAUCAGUGUGCCACCAUACAGCUGGACUUCCAGUUACCUAUACGCUUCGAUCUUCACUAUGUCAGUGGUGGAGAAGAGGGUGAGAAGAAGAGACCAGUCAUGAUACACAGAGCUGUUCUGGGAUCUGUGGAGAGGAUGAUCGCCAUUUUAUGUGAAAACUACGGGGGGAAGUGGCCGUUCUGGCUGUCCCCCAGGCAGUGUAUCGUCGUCCCUGUGGCUCCUCCAUUUAAUGAUUAUGCAAAUCAGGUCCAGCAGCUGCUGCACAAUGCAGGGUUUAUGUGCGAGGCAGAUGUAGAUGAUGGCAACACACUCAACAAAAAAGUGAGAAACGCCCAGUUAGCUCAGUUCAAUUUCAUUCUAGUGGUGGGUGAGAAAGAGUUAGAGAACAAGACAGCCAAUGUGAGAACCAGAGGGACCAAAGUCCACGGAGAACACAGCCUAGAGGACAUCAUUGCUAAAUUCACCAAAUUCAAGACCUCGCGGUGUCUGGAUGCCGAAGAGAAGUUUGAUUGAGGACAGAAUUUCCCUGUAUCAAUGCUACUUAUUUAUUUUCCUUGACUGUGAUCGGCCUUAACACAGACCAAGUCUUCUCUUCUUCGAAAAUUCGUAAAAUAUUCAAGGACUUUUUUUUUUUAAAUUGCUGGAUGGAUAACCUUGAAUUAGUGAAUGGAACGAUUAAUUAAUGCGGGAUUCGUUAGACAGGGUAUAAGUAGUGAAUGAUGCAGUAAUCUCCAUGCUGAGUAAACAUUUAGUACACCUCUAUUUAAGUUUUAUUUGAAUGAUGCAGUAAUCUCCAUGCUGAGUGAACAUUUAGGACACCUCUAUUUAGGUUUCAGCCGUUCAUUGGGAAUCCAAUUCUUUGUCGAUGUUGAGAAUCCAAGUGUUAGUGAGCGUAACUUCUCUGUUUUGAUUUCAUUUAUUGAUGUAUAAGAGAAAUAAACAAUGAAAUUUU